AUGUGUCUUAACCUUGCCCUGAUAGUGGAUUACAUGCUAUCUAUGUCCGAUCUACCGUCUUCUUUUAUCUCUGCUGCUCUCGGUUCCCACCGCUCACCUCACCGGUCCUGCUAUUCGUUUGGAACAUCGAUUACACCACAAAAACUCCGAUUCUACCCUUUUCUCCUUCCAUUUCCAUUCAUCGCUUAUAUAUUCCAUUCACCGCCAAUCAAUUUAAUCCAGUCCCACGCACCGUUGCCUAGGCAGAAUCUGGCUAAUUUGAGGGUAUUAUUCCAGUUCCUCCGGCUACGACUCUGCAACACCGCAUCCGACGUUGGUGCUCACUUCGCUUGGAGAGAGGGCGUCGGCUCCUCCACCGCCUCCGCUGAUUUGUGGGUUUCCUAG